CUGAGCGAUGGGUCUCACCUGCGUUGCCUUGCGGGCUGGAACAGUGCCUUUGUCGGAGAGCUAUUUCAACCUAUUCAUAUAAGGCCGGCCCGGCGCUCUUCUCAUCCGAAGACCAUCUUUUGACUUCUCUUGUCAUCUCUGUCCGCUUCCAAAAAAGAAACCAUGAGAAUUCCAUCCGCCAUCGCUGCCAUCCUAGUGGCCGUUGCCUCCUUCUCCCUCGCUGGUGCCGUCCCCGUCGUUAGCGACGUCGAAGCCCGCGAGGCUGACCCAUGGGGCCCGGUCUGCUUUUAUGUUGCUAGGCAGCCCAAGAUGCCUUGCACCUACUGGAAGCAAAAGAGACAGGACACGCCGGUCAUCACUAAGAUGGGUCCCGGUCACGUCUAUGUCCCACCUCUCCGAUUCGGCGGUCUUGGUCACGUCUCUGUUGCUCCUCUCCCUGCGACCAGGGUUCAGGUCAUCCCCAUUGAGGACCCGACUCCGGCCCCGGCACCGACUGGCAAGCUUCAGGUCAUUCCUAUUGAGAAGAGAGCCCCUGAGCCAACUCAGGCCCACAUUUAAGACGACGAUCACCAUCUCGCCAGAGGCCACCUCCACCAGGCUGUCAACUAUGACGCCUAUCAAAGUGAUCACCGUCACCCAGACAAUUAGGCCGACUAGCCCUAUUCCAACGUUCACCAUCCCAUCCACUGCACCGCCAAGAUCGAGCCCAACGUUCACCAUUACAUCCAUUCCCACACCUGCUGAGCCGACCUCGGAGAAACCUACCAACAUCGAUUUGACCUCCACCUUCCAGCCUCCGCCUACCCUGGAGGUACCAACCAGCAUCGAUCCGACUUCCAUAUUCAAGCCAAGUCCACCCCCAAGUCCAACUUUGACUUCCAGCCUGAACUUGGGUCCUCUGGUACCUCCCACCAUAACCCCAACGCCAUCCCCAACACCCAUCGCAAUCCCCACCGAGGGAUCGGAAUUCAGUUCUCAACUCACCUUUCCACUACUUCCUCCCGUUACUGCUCGCGCGUUACAUCCUUCCCACAAGGAGGUGAUCAUCGAGCUGAAGCCGGAUGUUUAA